GUGCUGGGACAGAGCCCCCUCCCCAAAUUCACCACCCUAGACCUCUCCACUCGCCUGCUGGGUGGGAAGGUGCACGGUUCGCUCGCCCGUGCUGGCAAAGUCAGGGGUCAGACCCCUAAGGUGGCAAAGCAGGAGAAGAAGAAGAAGAAAACAGGGAGAGCCAAGCGGCGCAUGCAGUACAAUCGGCGUUUCGUCAACGUGGUGCCAACCUUUGGCAAGAAAAAGGGUCCCAAUGCCAACUCCUGA